UCUGCUUAGCCGAAGAAAAACCAUGAGCACAUUUCCCGUUUCAAACACAAGCAACAUUUUGCAGGCUGACUCCCUCGAGGACAACGACAACCAGACGGCAGUAACCCAGUUUACCCAGCCGGGCUGGCAAAUCGCUCUGUGGGCUAUCACCUACUCCUUCAUCGUUAUCACCUCCAUCGUUGGCAACAUCACUGUCAUCUGGAUCAUCCUUGCGCACAGGAGGAUGAGGACUGCCACCAACUACUUUAUCGUUAAUUUGGCUCUUUCGGAUUUGCUGAUGUCCGCUUUCAACACCAUCUUCAAUUUUAUUUACGCCAGUCACAACGUCUGGUAUUUUGGCAAGGAGUUCUGCAGGUUUCAGAACUGGUUCCCCAUCACCGCAAUGUUUGUGAGCAUUUACUCCAUGACAGCCGUGGCCGCCGAGAGGUAUGUGGCUAUAAUCCAUCCCUUCAAGCCCAGGCUUUCUGCUGGAAACACCAGAGUCAUCAUAGGAAUAAUUUGGCUGGUGGCAUUUGGGCUUGCCUUCCCGCAGUGCUUCUACGCUGAGAUCUUGACAGACAACGGAACAACGAAGUGCAUCGUCGUCUGGCCAGAUGACGUCGGAUCGAAGCACCAGCUCACAUAUCACAUUGCAGUGAUCGUGUUGAUCUACUUACUGCCUUUAAUGGUGAUGUUUGUUGCAUAUAGCAUCAUAGGAAUUACUCUGUGGAGCAGCGCAAUUCCAGGCAACCACAUUAAUAGAGUCCGCUACGAACAUCAAGUCAAUGCCAAGAAAAAGUUUGUGAAGACCAUGGUGGUAGUUGUGAUCAUUUUUGCCGUCUGCUGGCUGCCCUAUCACAUAUACUUCAUCCUGGGGAGCUUCAAGGAAGACAUCUACCAGCAGAAGUACAUUCAGCAGGUGUACCUGGCGAUCUUUCUGCUUGCCAUGAGUUCAACGAUGUACAACCCCAUCAUAUACUGUUGUCUUAACCAGAGGUGA